GGCCUUGUUUUAAUCAGAUUAGCGGAUUAAGGUAGUUUAUGCAGAUUGCUUUAUAACCCAGAUUGAGGGAGAGGAGAGGGAGUCUUCAGAAGGAUUUCGGGGGUGAAGGACUGCUUCCUGUAAGCAUCCAGAAUGCCGGUCAUAAACGUAGACGACCUGACAGACAAGGACAAGGCUGUAAUGGAAGUAAACCAACUUAAAAUUGAAGUGAAACUUGAGAGGUGGUUGACAUCUAAAUGCUGUGAGGAAAUCAAGGAGUACAUUCAGGCUGGAGAGGAGGAGGACAUCCUCUUCAAAGGAAUUGCAGAGGAGAAGAACCCCUUCAAGGAGAAAGGUGGCUGUGUCAUUUGCUAGACUGGACCUGAGGAGCUUUUCAUAUCUCAGAUUAGCACCCAAGGACAUUCUCCCUCCCCUCAUAAAAUGGAUUUGCAGACUGAGAAGACUAGAAGGACAUAAUAAAGAAAGAAUUUAUAAACCUUACCCAUGUAAACAAUUCCCAAUCUUCUGGCCAGAUUUGUAGCCUUAUAAUUUUAUUCUUUGAAAAGAUGCAAUAAAUAAGAGUUGUAUUUGGCAAUGGUUAUAUAAUGCUUCUGUCUCAUGUGGUGUAUAUAGUCUGAGCAAAUGGGCCCAUGUGUUGUUUCAUACACAGAAGCAACUGUCAUUAAAUGUGCUUGUUUAUAACUCA